CCUUUUCUUCUGAGAAAAAAUAUGAUCUUACAUCUCUUUCUAUCCGUCAAUGUCAGUUGUCUUGUCAGUAUUGUCAGUCAAAAUUGUCAAACUGUGUCAAACUUCAAAAGAAAACUGAGGAAAACCAAGAAAAAGGAAAACUUGUUUGUUUGUUUCGAAAAGCGGAAAAGCCAAAAACGUGUAAAAAUCUGGUAAAAAGAUUGUGACAACAGUGUGUGAACAACAGAUCUAGAAAAAUAAAAACCUACUAAAAAUGUCAAUGCCAUGGUUUUAAGUUCCUAACACAGCACGUUCGCACACAAAAAUAAUUAACAAUAAAAAUUGUGAUGAAUUAAUCUUUAGAAUAAAAAGUUAAAAAUGAAUUUUUCCAUAUGUCUUCUACAAAGCAUUGCCUUCUUAGAUCUUUUGGCUGUGGGUCUGAUAGUGCCUCUAAUUCCUAGUCAUGUUCGCAAGAUGGGUGCAGAUCUUAUUUAUGUGGGUUUGCUUGGAUCCAUUUAUGCAGGUUUCCAGUUGGGAUCAGGUCCGGUAAUUGGUAGCUUGAGCGAUCUGAAAGGCAGAAAAAACAUAUUGAUGCUAACACUUUUGGUGUGUGCAAUAGCAUACUCUACAUUAGGAAUUACAAAUUCCAUAGUGGUGAUACUAAUAAUAAGAGCAGUUUUAGGUGUGUUUAAACAAACACAGAUGUUAACAAAGGCCUUGGUGCCCGAUUAUGAAAAGAAUGAACAACGUCAAUCUGCAAUUUAUGGCAAAAUGGCAGCUAUAUCAGGUGCAGGCAUCACACUGGGCCCAGUUAUUGGAGGACAUAUUGCAGAGGACAACCCAGAGAAUGGGUUUACCUUGAUCGCAGUUAUUGUUGGAGUAUGCUUUAUUGCAAAUGCAGGAUUGGUAUACUUUCUUCCAAAAUCAAAACGAAACACAAAGAAACCGAAAAAGAAAAUCCAUGGAAACUUAUUCAACUCAUUAAGUAAUAGCAUUAAACAGAUCUUUAUUGAGCUAUACAAAGUAGACUGGGCUGUCUAUUGGGACAUCUUUAUGUUCAAAGCUCUCAUUGGUUUUGCUAUGGGAGUGUACUAUUCCAAUUACUCUUUAUAUUGCAAAACCCAAUUUAACUUGUCACCAAAAUAUAUAGGGUAUGUUAUCUCAUUCCAAGGUGUAGUAGGUUCUAUAUCUAGCUUUUUUAUGGGCUAUAUUAAUAGUUAUUACAGCCACGACGCUGAUUAUAGUUUGAGAAAUUUCCAUGUAUUUGUUUUACUGACUAUUUCGCUGAUCGGCUUGAUGUUAUCAUUUAGUGUGUACAUUUAUGUGAUAUGGCUUAUACCUCUAGCUAUUGGUAAUGCAAUAGGCAGGCUAGUUACUUUAGAAAUGAUUUUAAAACGAAGCCACGGUCAACACAGAGGCACUUUGAUAGGGGCUUCUAAUAGUGUUCGGUCAUUGUCAGGAGUUGUUGCACCUAUGGUAUCAGGCUUUAUUGGCCAGUAUGUUGGUGUUCCUUAUGUGAUAUAUGCAAGUCUUUGCUCAACCUCUAUUGGUUUUGUAUUAAGUUAUCGUUAUCGUAGCAAAAGUACAAAAGUUGACUGA